AUGGCGAUAGAGAUCCAUGAGCAUUUCGAUCAUCUCGAGGCUCGACUUUCAGCUCUUGAAGGUCUCGACGUGCGAGUCCAGGUCUUGGAGAAGAUGCUGCAAAUCUCUGAGACGAACGGAAAGUUGGUGGAUGUGAUCAACGCAGCGCACGCAUCGCAGGCGUUAGAGAUGGUGGAGGUGCGGUUCGUCUCCGAAUCUUCAGUAGACGAGCCGUGUGGAGCCAACGAGUUCAUGUCGGACCCACCUAGCGAGUCUUCGACAGAUUCUCAGAAGAGCAAGUCAACGUAUGAUCCAGAGCUCUCCAUCCCUCCCUCGGACAAGCACAUUCGGAAACGAAUCACCAUGCCCUUCGUGGACUACGUGGAUGAGAAGGUGCUGGAUGUCCAGACGCAGGAGUACUACCGCUUCGGGGAAUCCACUUGGGACCUCUUCCUGUUCAUCGGAACCGGUGCGCUGGGUCCGCUGGGCUCCCUCCAGACCUUCCUUCUCGCCGUGAUCAGCAUGACCAUGCAGAUUGUCUUCACCGGCAUCGCCUGGUACAACUUCCUUUCGCCCGAAGUGGACGAAGACACGAUCCGGGACGCUUUCCGCUGGCGUCGCUCCGCCGGCCACGCGCUAACCCAGUAUGAUCCGCUCUCCAAGUCGUCGCUCGCCGAGAGGGUCUGUGCGCUGGACAAGUCCCUGCCGACAUCCGGCAUCCAGAUGGCUUUGUACGAAAACAUCAUCCGCUACCUCAAGCCGAAGGCGGAAGGCGUGGAGUCCUUCUUCACUGGGGAGCGUCUCUGUCUCGUGGCCUUGCUCUGCUGGUACCUCAUGGUAGCCAAGGAGGUUGGCCAUGGCUUGGCAUUGCAUCGCGGCAUCAUGGCCACCCCUCUCGGGCAGACCCGCAUCAACAGCCGGGAGAACCCCUUCACUCUUGUCAUGCAUUACAGGUUGAUCUCGGUCUCCGGGUGGCGGAAGGUCGCAAGCGCCGUCCUCUUGGUGUAUCGGCUGCUGGCCGCGGCGGCCCUCAUCUACGUGGGGACCUUCUUUUUGGUCUACACCAUCGACGUCACGGAGCUGAUCCUGAAUGCUGUGGCUUUGGCCAUCAUCCUCGACAUCGACGAUCUGCUCUUCGAUGCUCUGGCCACAACUCCCGGGCGGCACCUGGUGAACCAGAUGGAUCCCUUGCCCAUGAAGUCCUGGCCCCGGGUCCGCGGUGCGGACGUGAAGUCCAUGUCGAUGUUGGUGCUGAUCCCUGUGGCCAUGAUGAUCGUCUACUUGAACAUGCUGGCCCCAAUGGUGGCGACCCUCGACAGUGCGAAGGACGCCAUGUGCGGAGGGAACUUGCAGUUCGUGUGGAACACGGACCAGCGCAACGUGGUCCUCUUCAGCCCGACGCAGGGGGAUGGCUGGAAAGAUGGGGGCUACGAGCUGCAGUCCAAGGCCAUCGAUGAAGCCGAAAUGCUGAGCCUCAGUGAUGCGAGCUCCGGAACUGCCUGGGGCAUUUGGCUUGGCAGUGUGGAUGCGCUAUCGGAGACCUCGAUCUUACCCUUGGAGCAGUCCGUGGAUGUCUUUAACCCAAGGUGUGCUGACUUGGGUGACACAGAGCCUUUGAGGAACUACCUGCGUGAAUUUUUAGGCAACGAGAGCUUGAUGGGCUGCGACGAUGCUCGGCCCUACUGCGGGUUGAUGGAUGGGAGGAACGGCAAGGGCUUCGCUGCGCGGAUGCUCUGCUCCGACACCUGCGGCUGUAACGAUCCAGCCGGAGAGGUGAUGCAGAUUGCAGGCUGCCCCUAUGGUCUUGGCCGGUCCUGUUGGUCUUCCAGCAGUUUCCUACAGAGCCUGGAAAGCUACGCCUGCGAGGAGAAGUCGGCGGCAGAGCUGCGCAGUGACGCGAGAUGGUCCAGGUGGGUGGAGUCCAUCCGGGCGAUCGGGGAAGCGACGGACACCGCGACCGAGGGAAAGGAGGAAGCCCUCCUCACAGCUCAGGCGAUGUGGGAUCAUGGCUGUGCUUUCGGUGAGAACCUCACGCAGAUGAAUGUGACAUGGGGAUCCUGCUUUUCUUGGAGAUUUGACUGGGGCCUAAAGACCGUGGAGGCCUUCUGCCCAAGCACCUGCGGCUGUGACUCUGGCAAUUUGGACUCUGGCUGCCCAAGGCCUGCGGGCAGGAAUUGUGGGACCGUCGCUGAAUGCGUUUUCACGAGCGGCAGGUAUUACUGCCCCGACGCGUACCCCAAUUUCGACGGGAUAGCUGAUGUCCACCUCGACGAUGUGGAUGCCUUUGUGCAGUCUCGGACUCAAAUCAUGCAGGCCCUCCAGAAGACCCUGGCGAGUCUCACAGGGAAUGGCGUGUUGCCGGAGCAUGUGCUGAUCACCCAACGUGCACCUCCAAGCGGCCAAAUACGUUUGGCCCGGCGGCUGGCGAAAAAGGAGUACGAGUAUACAAUCUUCCUGCUAUCAGAGGAUACAAACGAAACUUCCGCCAGGGAUGCCCUUGGAUGGAUGACGACUAGGACCCAGCGGGUGAACACCGUCUUCAGCCGGAACCUUCUGGCAUUGGGGAUCCCGGCGGAGGGUGCGGACUUGGAGAUUGAAAUCUCUGCGAAGGGAAGCGCGCCCAGUACGCCAUCACCGAGCCCACCGGGUGACACCACCAGCCCUAAACCCUAA